AUGAUGACGCUAUUCGUUUCCGUCUACCCGGCAGUCUCAAUUUUUCAAUUACUCGUCGGAAAUCGAUUCGUUUUCUCUACGGACCCACAGAUAUCCAAAAUUAGUCAACAACUAAAAUUUAUUUCUCAAUACGACUAUCCACAAAUCAUCUACCUGGCACUUCUCAUACUCAUAGCCGUGCCCCGAAUAGCCAAUGCGAUAAAAGCGCCCGACGAGCCCCAGCGAUUGGAGAAACACAAGAAAUGGAUGGUUUAUGUGGUGAACUAUGGCAUAUUUCAAGCGGUUUUCUGUAUUUUUAUGAGUUUUCUGUAUGAUGCGGAUGAUGAGACCAGAUACAUCAUCACCACAGUAUCACAACUACCCACAGUCAUUCUUAUCGCGUGUUUCGGUUUGCCCUACUUCUUCACGUGUGUAAUUGACUAUAAUUGGCCAAUUAUCGCAGCACUAAUUGCCACAAUACUGACUUCUUUCCCUUUGAUACACUUUCAGCCAAAUUGUUACGCAUUCCUAAUUGUUCCCUGGUGUUUUAUGAUCUACUUUGGCCUAUUGGAACUCUAUUUGAUGCAUAUCGACCGGAUAUACGAUGGAUUGUUUCAUGAGAUCAAUCGUCUUGAGUUGGACCCCUUCGAGUGA